UUGGUACACAUAUAAUAGAUGCGUUUCUAGUGUUUGAGCAUAUAAGCAGUCCAAUACAACACGUGUUAAACCGACAUUUGUAAAGGAAAUAUACACUUAUUUUAAAUUUCAAAAUGGUUUCUUUAUGGACACUGACGAUUUUCCUCGCCUUGGUAUCGAGUAGUAUUGAAUUUGUUCAAUCACAUCCAUUGGAGAAAUCAGUUGCCAGUGGUACGAGUGUACUGAGGACGGAAGAUUUGGAGCAAGAUGGUUGGAGGAUGGUAUUUAGAGGGACAUCUGGCAAUGGCCAUAGUGUUUACCAUGCUUGGAUUGACGGAAAGAAUUCAAACACAUACAAGCCAGUUUUCAUGAAACGUUCUCAUGGUUUACAUUAUCGGGAUAACAUCUUAGACAACUGGUCAAACCUUGGUAUCAAGCUGGUUAAAUUUGCGUUCUAUGAUACUGACAAAGAAGUAGCGUACGUGAUCUUCAACGGGGUGGACAGCAACAUACACAACUGGUUUGAUAGAAAACGUGUGAUUGAUUCAAGCUGGGCAGACCUUACGUCAAAAAGUGUCUUCAACUAUUUCUCUAUUGCAGGCCACUUCCUCAACACGCUACAUGAUCGUCGUUUCUACAUCAACAGAAAUUAUGGCGGAUGUCCAAAUGACCGUGGUCACCUAAUAGUUAUCAAUUCUGCUGUUCCCGCUCCCAUAUGUUUGUUUGACAGCCAGCCGUCCUAUCCAACGUUUAUCUAUUCAAAAUAUAAUUCGGUCGACUUCUUCCAGAGAAGAAUGUUUGGUAUCGCGGACUUCAUGGUGGUUUCCAUAAAGACAAGCGGUUAAUUGAUUGAAUGUAAAACACCACAGUGACAAAAAAACGUACUUUGUUCAACACAUAAAAGAACACAAACCAUUUGCAACUGUUAUUUCAAAGACAUGUUUUCUGUUAUUUUAACUAUUAUACUUUUUGCCAAGUUACGUUUAUGCAAUGUUUCUUUUUUUCUAAUGGUAUUUAAUAGCUUACAAGUUUGAAUUGUAGGAUAGUAAUGUCACAAAGUCUUCAAUGUCAUGAUCAUCAAUACAUGUUUAGCAACUUCUUCACAGUACCUAAUAUUUCAUUAUGCAGCACACUAGUGACAUAUUGAAGGUGUUAUGCUAUGCUUGUGAACAAAAUACCCUAUAACAAAUAAAAAGCAGAUAUGCAACGGA